GGGGAGGGGGCGUUUCUUUCUCGUUCCUCUUCGGUAAGGAAAGCAAGAGAAUUUGUCGGGCAGUCAGUCAGUCAGUCAGUCCCGCUUGUCCUCGUUCGAAGCGGUUUGUGGCCUUUUCUCCAACUGAGACGGCAAUAAAGAGUCAGAUCUGACGGAGAGAACGAGAGAGGAAACAGAGACAGAGACAGAGACACGGAACAGAAAGAGAGUGAGACAGAGUAAAAGAAACCUGCGGCAGACAAAUACUCGCCGGACACGAAGAAUCAAGAGCCCCAGCAUCACCAACAACACCAUCACCUAGACAAACCAGUCACACACACACACUUCCUCCCCCAUCCCAUCCCAAACAUGUCUUCCUCCAACACCAACGCCCCCACGUCGAGCGUCGACCCGGCCCUGCGCCCGUUCCACGAGCAGCUCUUCAACGCCGGGCUGAACGUGCGGCGGGCCGUGGUGGGCGACGCGUACGUGGACCGCGCGCUGGAAAACGGGUCGACCGAGUUCUCGCGCGUGGGCCAGGAGCUGGUGACCGAGUUCUGCUGGGGGUACGCGUGGACGCGGCCGGGGCUGUCACGCCGCGACCGCAGCCUGCUCAACAUCGGCAUGCUGAUGGCGCUGAACCGCGCGCCCGAGCUGGCCGUGCACGUGCGCGGCGCCCGCAACAACGGCCUCAGCGAGGAGGAGAUCCGCGAGGCCAUCAUCCACGCCACCACCUACUGCGGCGUGCCCGCCGGCGUCGACGCCAUGAAGACCGCCGAGAAGGUCCUCAACGACAUGGCCGAGAAGGGCGAGAUGCCCCGCCAGCUGGGCGCGAAGAGCAAGGACGCUUAAAAAAGGUUUGAUGAUGAGGGAGAGUGAGGAUAUAAGGCGAAGGGGCCAACUGACGAGACAAGAUACAAGGCGGAUCGGUGGACCACGAACUGAAAAGAUGCGGAAUCUGGAGGAAGAGAACGAGCGAGCGGUCGGAUGCUUGGUGAUUGCUUGACACGGACAGGCACCGUCAAAAGGGAGGAAAAGAGGGUAGAAAGAGUGUUCAGAUACACAGUCCAUCUAUCCACCCCAUCCAUUACAAGACAAAAUAGAAAAGACAUUCCCGCUG